AGCAGUCUGCUCCCUACCUAAUCAGCCAUGAGGCUCACCCUCCCAGCCCUCUUCGCUCUUCCUGUCCUCGCAAAGGCAAUUGGCCACCCAGCGCAGCAAAAUCAGGCUUCCUCACACACAAUCUGCCACGCAGACAAAUGCUACCCCUCCCUCUUCGUGCCAACCGAUACCUUCCAAGUCGUGCAUGACGACCAAAUCGUACCAGGCGGUCUACAUUACCGUAUCAAUGUUGAGACUGGUCUGAAAGAGGCAAAAUUAUUGGAUAGCGCAGACGAUUCGACGACAUCCACUACAGCAGCCGCACUUGCGCUUGUCCCUGGUGAAGACGUACAAGAAAAAGCAGCAGCGCCUGUGCAAACUGCAGAGCGUAAGAAGAAACCCUAUCGACCUAAUCGCGGUGCAGUCACAGGCGGUGCAUUGCAAACAUUUGCAGCUGCUCAGGAAACCUUGGAAGCAGACACAUCAUGUUCCGCGCGUGUUCUGGAAGCCUUGGAUGCACUUGAAGAAUUGGCGCAUGAACUUGAGUUUGGUUUGAGAAUCGCAGACUCUUCUGUUUUGCCAAACUUGGCGGCUUUGCUCUCUAUUGAGCAAUCUGCUUGUCGCAGCAAAGCUGCUAUUGUGAUUGGUUCUGCACUGCGGAAUAAUGAGAAUGCACAAGAAGUCAUUCCUCCUCAUGCGCAACUCACCAAGACGCUAUUGAUACGACUCUCCAAGGAAAAGGAGUCGGAUGUGCAGCGGGUGCUCGUGUACGCACUCUCUGCAUCCCUAUCACCAAAUAGCGUUGCAAUGCGUGAUUUUGAGAAAGCAGGGGGUCACGCGACACUGACGACGCUGUUUGAGGGCGGUCUGCCGGCACUGCAAGGGAAAAUUGCUGCCUUGGUGGAAGAUCACUUUGUCCUUGAAACUGCCUCCGCUGCUCUAUCGAUGCAACACGGCGACAAUAGAGGCUUCACCGAUAAGAUUGCGCAAGAUGAUGCGCUGGGUACGUGGUGUCUUGCCUUUCAAAGUGCGCUCCUUGCCGCUGACAUGGAUUCCGUUGAUGCUCGUGAGAAGUUGCUGAGCGCAGUCAGCAGCAUUAAACGACAACAUCCAACUGUCUGUGAGGCGUCUCGCGAUUUUGUCAAGUACCUCGCUGAUGAGAGUGUUGGCUCGUCGCAGCAUCGCAGCAGUCCAAGUCUCGGUGCCCUAGCGAGGAGUGCGCGUGGGCUCUUCGGACACAGAUUGAGUGCACGAAAGCUAGGUGCUGAUAGGCAUUGA